AUGAGACCUAAAUAUGUUCAAGCUUCGCAAGGACAAAAAGAAAAAAAAAGAGGUGGUUCUUUAUUUAUAUUUAUAGUAUUUUUUGUUUUAUCAUUUAUAUAUAUUGGGUAUACAGGGAUUGUCCUGAGGUCAUGGUUUAUACCAUAUAGAACCGGUUCAUUCACAAUAGCCGUUACAUUUCAUAUAUUUUUUAUUUUAUUUAUACUCAGUUUUAUAAAAUGUGCUUCAACCGACCCAGGAAAGGUUCCACGUAAUUGGGGUUUUUAUGUAGGUGAUGAUGUGAAAAGAAGAAGGUAUUGUAAAAUUUGUAACGUAUGGAAACCUGACAGAACUCAUCAUUGUUCUGCUUGUAAUAGAUGUGUAUUAAAUAUGGAUCAUCACUGCCCCUGGAUAAAUAAUUGUGUUGGUUUUUUUAAUAGAAGAUUUUUUAUACAGUUAUUAUUUUAUGGUUUAGUUUGUUUAUUUAUUAUUGCUGUACAAACAUUCCAUUAUAUAUUUAUUGAUAAUAUUAAUGCUUAUUUUGAUGAUGGAUUUCAAGAAAAGUCUUCAUUUGUAGCCCUUGAAUAUACAUAUGCAUCCAUAGUUUUAUUUUUAACAUUCGUAUUAAUUUUUGCCUUAGUACCUUUUACCAAAUUCCAUCUGAAAUUAAUAUCGAAAAACUCGACUACCAUUGAAAAUAUGGAUAUGUAUAGUCAAGAGUAUAACAUAUAUAAUGUAGGUUGUGAAGACAACGCAAAACAGGUUUUUGGUAACAACAUAUUAUGUUGGUUGUGUCCGUUUCAGUGUGUUUCUAACAGACCUGCUGGCGACGGGGUACGUUGGAGAGUCAGUGUAGCACAUGAAAACCCUGUUUAA